AUGCAAAGGAAUGAUUGUCAUAGCACGAAAAUUCAAACAGUGCAUACUGUAUCGGGUCAUGGCUCAGUGUCGCAUUUUAGUCAUCCCAUCCACGUGAAAGGAGCCGGAAAUGAUAUGUAUUAUAACAACAGUAAUAAUGACGGAAAGAGUCUGCUGGAUGGAUCUUUUUCUAUGAAUUAUUUCGCCAAGCAGAGCGAUAAAUCUGACCUUUUCAUGAAAUCUUAUCCAUACGGUAAUAAUAAUAUGACAUUACCAAUCACUCCACCUAUUUCUGCAUCGUCAUCUUUGACAGAAACAAAGCAGCUAUUCAAUAAUUAUAUCACAUCAAGUCCAAAUACAACUAUCCAGACUCCAAUCAGUGCUAAUAAGAAUAAGCAAGCAAAGAAAAAUAAGAACAUGAACAAAUCAAAGAACAGGAACAGGUCAAAAAAUCAAUCACAUGCUCCAGCUCAAAAUUCCUACCAAGGUAAAAACAUGCAUCCGCAUCCACAUCCUAAACAACUUCCGAAUUCAAAUUUAUAUUCAUACACAAAUUCUCAUUUCAAUACAAAGUCAAAUUCCAAAUUUGCAAUGAAACCUGCAUCAGUUAUACCUCCAAAUUCAAAUUUUGCAGGUGCCUCAUUCGCAACAAGUUUACCAGAUUCUAAUGAUUUACCGAAACCAAGUUUUGUAUAA